UCACUUCCCUGCGAGCCUUUUGAACUGCGCUCCUACAGACGUCAUUCAGCCCUUGAGGAAUAGUUUCUGCCUGGCGAGAUUGAAUGAUAGUUCUCAUUCACAAAGGCUUCUCAGUCAGAUUUUAAGCAUAGAACGAAAACGGAAAUUACAUUUGCAGGUAAAGCAGUCAACGCAACCGAAGUGUGGAAAGCUUUGCUCCCUGGCUGAUUUCUUUUCUCCACGGACAAGAGUGUUUUCUUGUGGUCGCCCUGAAAUGGAACUUCCCUACACGUACCUCUAGCUCAAUUUCUCUGCGUUGAUCUCUACCUGAGUACUUUUAGAAUGUGGCGAACCUUUAAACCUCUUAUUACUGAAUUGCAAAAAGGAGAUCAAGUGGCUCUUUCGCUGGGCUGUUUUCCCUUGUGACCUAGAUGAAGAAUAGAUUCAAAAUCCAGUUCCUCCGUUGGCAAUACCAGACAGAAAAGAAACUGUCACUUCCUAACAGCGUUGAGCUGGAGUGAAUUCCGUGUGAAAGAGAACAGCGCUUCUGCGUCUUAGAGCCUUUCCUAUGAGCUGGACUUGGGGCAGGAGGUGGACUUCAGGAAAUUUGGAUUUCUUCAAGCAGCCUCCCUUGGAAAUGGAAUAUAUUCAAGAACUUCUUUGUCGAAAGACAGCUGUAAUAUAUUAAUCAGGAUACUUGGAGACUGCUUCUCCCCUAGUCCCUUCCAAAAAUGAGCAUUAUUAUGAAGCCGAGAUCCCGGUCUACAAGUUCCCUCAGGACUACAGAGACAGUUUGUUUUGAUGUGGACAAUGGCACAUCUGCGGGACGGAGUCCCUUGGAUCCCAUGACCAGCCCAGGAUCUGGGCUAAUUCUCCAAGCAAACUUUGUCCACAGUCAACGUCGGGAGUCCUUCCUGUAUCGAUCCGACAGCGAUUAUGACCUCUCUCCAAAGUCUAUGUCCCGGAACUCCUCCAUUGCCAGUGAUAUACACGGAGAUGACUUGAUUGUGACUCCAUUUGCUCAGGUCUUGGCCAGCCUGCGAACUGUUCGAAACAACUUUGCUGCAUUAACUAAUUUGCAAGAUCGAGCACCGAGCAAAAGAUCACCUAUGUGUAACCAACCAUCCAUCAACAAAGCCACCAUAACAGAGGAGGCCUACCAAAAACUGGCCAGCGAGACCCUGGAGGAGCUGGACUGGUGUCUGGACCAGCUAGAGACCCUGCAAACCAGGCACUCUGUCAGUGAAAUGGCCUCCAACAAGUUUAAAAGGAUGCUUAAUCGGGAGCUCACCCAUCUCUCUGAAAUGAGUCGGUCUGGAAAUCAAGUGUCAGAGUACAUAUCAAACACAUUCUUAGAUAAGCAACAUGAGGUGGAAAUUCCUUCUCCAACUCAGAAGGAAAAAGAGAAGAAGAAGAGGCCAAUGUCUCAGAUCAGUGGAGUCAAGAAGUUGAUGCACAGCUCGAGUUUGACUAAUUCAAGUAUCCCAAGGUUUGGAGUUAAAACCGAACAAGAAGAUGUCCUGGCCAAGGAACUAGAAGAUGUGAACAAAUGGGGCCUUCAUGUGUUCAGGAUAGCAGAGUUGUCUGGUAACCGGCCUUUGACUGUUAUCAUGCAUACAAUUUUUCAGGAACGGGAUUUGUUAAAAACAUUUAAAAUUCCGGUAGAUACUUUAAUUACAUACCUUAUGACUCUCGAAGACCAUUACCAUGCUGAUGUGGCCUAUCACAACAAUAUCCACGCUGCAGACGUUGUCCAGUCUACUCAUGUGCUACUAGCUACACCUGCUUUGGAGGCCGUGUUUACAGAUUUGGAGAUUCUCGCAGCAAUUUUUGCCAGUGCAAUCCAUGAUGUAGAUCAUCCUGGCGUCUCAAAUCAGUUUCUGAUCAAUACAAAUUCUGAACUUGCCCUGAUGUACAACGAUUCAUCUGUCUUGGAGAACCAUCACUUGGCUGUGGGCUUUAAGUUGCUCCAGGAAGAAAACUGUGACAUUUUCCAGAAUUUGACCAAAAAGCAAAGACAAUCAUUAAGGAAAAUGGUUAUUGACAUUGUACUUGCAACAGACAUGUCGAAACACAUGAAUCUUCUGGCUGACUUGAAAACUAUGGUUGAAACAAAGAAAGUGACAAGCUCAGGGGUUCUUCUUCUUGACAAUUAUUCUGAUAGGAUUCAGGUCCUUCAGAAUAUGGUGCAUUGUGCAGAUCUGAGCAACCCCACAAAGCCUCUGCAACUGUACCGCCAGUGGACGGACCGGAUUAUGGAGGAGUUCUUCCGCCAGGGAGACCGAGAGAGGGAGCGUGGCAUGGAGAUCAGUCCCAUGUGUGACAAGCACAAUGCGUCUGUUGAAAAAUCACAGGUGGGCUUUAUAGACUAUAUUGUUCAUCCUCUCUGGGAGACAUGGGCAGACCUUGUCCAUCCUGAUGCCCAAGACAUUUUGGACACUUUGGAGGACAACCGUGAAUGGUACCAGAGCACAAUCCCUCAGAGCCCCUCUCCUGCACCUGAUGAACAAGAAGAGGGCCGGCAGGGUCAGACUGAGAAAUUCCAGUUUGAGCUAACUCUAGAAGAAGAUGGUGAAUCUGACACAGAGAAAGAUAGUGGAAGUCAAGUGGAGGAAGACACUAGUUGCAGUGACUCGAAGACCCUUUGUACUCAAGACUCAGAGUCCACCGAAAUUCCCCUUGAUGAACAGGUUGAAGAGGAAGCUGUCGGGGAAGAAGAGGAAAGCCAGCCCGAAGCAUGUGUAAUCGAAGAUCAUUCUCCCGACACGUAACAGUGCAGAGGUUUUCACACCCUUCUUCUUCUUCUUCUUCUUUCUUUUUUUUUUUUUAAAGUAGAGAAAAAUAGUUCCCAAAGUGCAUGUCACAUGCCACAACCAUGGCCACACCUCACUGUCAUCUG